CGACAUCGAAAGUUGAGCGACAAAGCUGCCUGAAUUUCAGGAAAACAAGAUCCCGCACGCAUCUUGCAGCCAUGUUACGACAAGCUAUCUCAGCCUCUUCCAGAGCGCUGCGCUCGACCGCCAGACUUAGCACGCAGGGGCAAUCCAUUGCUCCUCUCACCCGAUCCUACUACCAGAGACCAUUGGUGGCGGCGGCCCAGACGAUCGCACCGCGAACACGAUGGUACAGCUCCGAAACGGAGACCCCCAAGAACGACGAAAAUCAGUCGAAAGAGAACACUGAGGCCGAGAGCCCCAAGACCGAGAGCUCCAAGACCGAGAGCUCCAAGACCGAGAGCUCCAAGACCGAGAGCCCCGAGACUGAGAGCCCGGAGGAAGCCCUCAAGAAGCAAUUAGAAGCCAAGGACGCCGAGAUCCGGGAUCUGAAGGAUCGGUACCUCCGCUCCGUGGCCGACUUUCGCAACCUGCAAGACCGGACACAGCGCGACAUGAAGGCGGCGCGGGACUUCGCCAUUCAGAACUUCGCCAGGGACUUGGUCGAGACGGUUGACAACUUCGAGCGCGCGCUGGGCGUGGUGCUUGAGGAGAAGCUCAAGCCCGAGAACAAGACGGAGCACACGCAGGAUCUGGUCAACCUGUACGACGGCCUCAAGAUGACCGAGACCGUCCUGCUGCAGACGCUCAAGAAGCACGGCCUCGAGCGCUUCGCACCCGAAGGCGAGGUGUUCAAUCCCAACGAGCACGAGGCCACGUUCAUGACGCCCAUGCCGGACAAGGAGCACAACACGGUCUUCCACGUCCAGCAGAAGGGCUUCAAGCUCAACGGCCGCGUCUUGCGCCCUGCCAAGGUCGGCGUCGUCAAGAACAAAUAAUAAGCCACCAAGCUCAACUCGACUCUUUUUUCGUCUCACCCAUGGGAGAUUAUCUCCUCUCUCACAUCUUGUAUUAUUAGCCAUUGUUGCGGAUUUCUCGCGCGUGCCACAACACCAUGGGGACCAGGGCGGCCGGGCGUUGUUUGUUUUCUGGUCUCACCAUGUAUAAUGCUCCUCUCAUGAAGUCGGUUCGUACCUGUUUAGCAUAUGGAUUGCGGAACCAAAAAGAAAAAAAGAAGGAUAGAGAUGACGGGCUGCUCUAGGACUGAUACAUAGGGCCUCGGACACACACAGACACGCUACUAAUGCAAAACGACGGAGUGGGGGACGUUGGUUGCCGGCGAGAUACGAAUCCAUAUCUUAUGGCCUUUUUUGGUGAACAGCAUUGACAAGUGAGCCCGUUUCCCUC